AUGGUGCGCGGGGAGGGAGAGCGCGCGAGAGAGGGGGAGAGGGAGGGGGAGAGAGAGAGAGAGAGGGAGAGGGAGGGGGAGAGAGAGGGAGAGGGGGGGAAGGGGGAGAGAGAGAGAGUGAGAGGGAGGGGGAGAGAGAGAGGGAGAGGGAGAGGGAGGGCGAGAGAGGGAGGGCGAGAGAGGGAGGGCGAGAGAGGGAGGGCGAGAGAGAGAGGGCGAGAGAGGGAGGGCGAGAGAGAGAGGGCGAGAGAGAGAGGGCGAGAGAGAGAGGGCGAGAGAGAGAGGGCGAGAGAGAGAGGGCGAGAGAGAGAGGGCGAGAGAGAGAGGGCGAGAGAGAGAGGAGGGGGGCGGGAGAGGGGGGCGGGAGAGGGGGGGCGGGAGAGGGGGGGCGGGAGAGGGGGGGGAGAGAGGGAGAGAGGGAGAGAGGGAGAGAGGGAGAGAGGGAGAGAGGGAGAGAGGGAGAGAGGGAGAGAGGGAGAGAGGGAGAGAGGGAGAGAGGGAGAGAGGGAGAGAGGGAGAGAGGGAGAGAGGGAGAGAGGGAGAGAGGGAGAGAGGGAGAGAGGGAGAGAGGGAGAGAGGGAGAGAGGGAGAGAGGGAGAGAGGGAGAGAGGGAGAGAGGGAGAGAGGGAGAGAGGGAGAGAGGGAGAGAGGGAGAGAGGGAGAGAGGGAGAGAGGGAGAGAGGGAGAGAGGGAGAGAGGGAGAGAGGGAGAGAGGGAGAGAGGGAGAGAGGGAGAGAGGGAGAGAGGGAGAGAGGGAGAGAGGGAGAGAGGGAG